UGAUGAUUGGGUUUCCAGCUCCUUAGAGGAAUGCCAGGCAAUGCCUGCACAAAAGUUAGGGCCUGAGGGGUCUAAUUCUGCUCAAAAUUGUCCUGCAGCUAGUACUUCCUGUGAUGAAAAUGUGUCAAAAUCUAAGGAACCAGCCCCUGAUACUGAUACUACUUCCUGUGAGGAAGCAGCAUCUUCUGCAACAGACAAGCCAACAACAAGAUUGCUAGCUGUUAACGGUGGCUUGGUUCCGGAGUCAUCACUGAGGCCUGUUACAGGAAGAAACUCUCAUAUCCUGAAGCAACAAAAGAUAAAUUUGCUUGAUAUAGAUGCAGCGUUGCCAGAGGAAGCUUUGACAACCUCAAAGUCUCAACAAAUGCGAAGGCGUUCAUGGCGUGCUUUCGUCAAGCAUGCAGAAUCAAUAUCCGAGAUGGUACUGGCGACCAGCAUGUUGGAGAGAGUGAUAAAAUCCGAGUUCCUGAAGAAUGAUUGGUGGUACUGGUCCUCCUUUACAGUAGCCAUGAAGACCUCAACUGUAUCCUCGCUCGCUCUCAGGAUCUACACUCUCGACAACUGUAUCAUGUACACCAAGCAGACUAACACUGUGCCACCGGCUGACAGUACAAAGGUUGUGAACAAGGGGAGGAAGGGGAAAGAGCCAGAACCAUCAGCGUCGUAAUUUGCGCCGCUUGAUCUAUUGUA